AUGCGACUGCUUCUGCGGCAGGUGACAGUUCACGGUAUCCUCUUGGAUGAGGUCAUCAUGGAGCAUGACACGCCCCGCGUAAAAGAGCUGUGCGCACGCGUAGGCGAAUUGCUGAAGAGCGGAAUUGUUUUCUCCCGCGACCAAGUGGAGACUGCGUUGAGCACAUCGGGAAGAGCGAGGAGAGCGCGCCACGCCCUUCUCCAAAGCCCUCACGCUGCGCCGCGCCGCCCCCGCCGCUUCUACUGCCAGCGGACCUCCUACGGGGGGGCGGCGGGGGGGGGCAUGCGCUCAUGCGACGCCGUGUGCGCAGGCGGGCUGGGCGGCCUGGGGCUCGAGCUGGCGCACUGGAUGGUGCAGCGCGGCGCGCGCCACCUGGUGCUGGUGUCGCGGCGCGGCGUCACCACGGGCUACCAGGCGCGCCGCCUGCAGCAGUGGCGCGCCAAGGGCGUGCGCGCGCUCGUGCGCACCGACGAUGCCUCCACGCGCCGCGGCGCAGAGGCGCUGCUGCGCGCCGCGGGCUCCGUCGCGCCCGUCGCCGCCAUCUUCAACCUGGCCGUGGUGCUGCGCGACGCGCUCUUGGAGAACCAGACGGCGGCGGCGUUCGCCGAAUCGUUCCGCUGCAAGGCGACGGCGGCGGUGCAGCUGGACGCGGCGUCGCGCCGCCUGUGCCCGCGCCUGCGCCACUUCGUGCUGUUCUCGAGCGUGUCGUGCGGGCGCGGCAACGCGGGCCAGACCAACUACGGGCUGGCGAACGCGGUGAUGGAGCGCGUGGCGCGCGCGCGGCGGGCGGCGGGGCUGCCGGCGACGGCGGUGCAGUGGGGCGCCGUGGGCGACGUGGGGCUGGUGGCCGACAUGCGCGACGACGACCGCGUGCUGGAGAUCGGCGGCACGCUGCAGCAGCGCCUCACCUCGUGCCUCGACACGCACGCCGUCGUGGCGUCCAUGGUG